AUGGAAUUAGAUGCUAUAGAUACCUCCGAGGCGGUUCUACCGCAGCCGCCAUUCCCCACGGGCGAUGUGGAGGAGGACUAUGGCGAGGAUAUCGAAUACGACGAUGACCUAGAAGCUAUCCUGCAAGCUGCAGAGUCGCAAGUCGGUCUGCGAUCAUCCUCGCCGUCUAGCUCGGACCCUCGGAUGGUAAGGCUCGACAGCAAAGGCGAGGCUGUCACCGCACUCUCCACCGUCCUCGAGUCCGGGCCGAUGGACAUAGAAGAUACGCCGGCGCCGCUUCUCUCCCCGUUCGAGCGGUUCAGGCGGCACAAGUAUCUCAGCGUCAGUGAUCUGGUGGGAACAGUAUGGUGCGAAGUACAGUACGAUUACCGCUUGCGCACCCUUCCAUAUCUUCCGCCUGAUAAGCGACCAGCCGUCAUCACCUCGGAUAAGGGCAAGGAGAUUGCCGUUAACAAAGUGAAAGAGGCAGGGAGAGAACGGAUAGUCCGGCGAGGCCAGACGAUUCAUAAGCGGCUAGAGAGGGAGAUACACCCCGAGGAGAUCGUCGUAGUCACUGAUAGUAGGGAAGAAGUAUGGGGGUUGAGAUUCCUCAACAUGCUAGCGGCCAUGGAAGCGCUCAUUACGCUCGGCACAUGUCGUGAAGUCCCUGUUGUCGGAUUCGUUGGGGGUAUGCUUGUGACUGGUAUUAUUGACGAGCUGCAGCGCAAACCUAUCGACAAGUCUGCCGACCAGCCUCAGACCAGGUCGACCCGCCAGACCGCUCUCACCUCCUUCUUUUCGCCCACCAAGCCCCGUCCCCAGCCGACUAUCACCGAACGUCCCAGGACGCACAAGGUCUACGUGUCCGACUCCAAAACUCGGGCAAAGGACAGCUUGCCCAAGGAGGAAGACACCCUAGCCGGACAGCUCCAGUGCAUGAUGUACAAAGAGCUAUUGGACGCAAUGCUCCUCUCGGCGUCCACCAGCGGAUCCGUGGCGAGCAUCUCCUCUAUAAGCGGCGGCGGGCUCAGCGAAGAACCCACCGCAAGUACCAGCAAUCGGCCCUCCGCCAGACCCCUCGCCUUUGACUCGGUCUUCCGUCAUCUCUCAAUAGAUCCGGCGGAACCCUUCUCGGACCGCUUUUUAUCGCAAAGCGUUCCCAUAAUCGCCGGGAAUGGUCUACGGAUGGGCGCGUCCAGCGCACGCAACCUCAGCGAUAUGGUCGUCGUCUGGGAGCGGUACGUCGUCGAGCUCGGCCUCGGUACCCCUUCGUCGCCCUCUACCGUGGGCCCGUCCUCGCCAGCAAAGUCUGCCAAAGCAAAGGGCAAGGCGAAAGCGGACGAUAACGGCGGACGUACCGAAACGAGACUGGAGUUGGUCUAUCGUCGAGCUGGGCAGAAGAAGACCAAAGGGAAGAGCAAGCGAAGACGGCAAGAUAAGAUGGCGGAUGAUGGGGAUGACGAGAUGGCGGAGGCCGAGCCUGGAGUGAAAGAAAAGGCGGAAGAAGCGAGGGUCGCCGAAGAAGAGCGGCUCGUCCAGCUCGCUAUCGAGGAGUCACUCAAGACUGCUCCACAAUUCCAGGAGGAGGCAGCUGGGUCCGAGGAAGUCCUCAGCGACCCACCACGCCCCGCGGACAGAAUAGACGGUACCCCUCUGGCGGAUGUACACGUAAUACUCGCCGCCGGGGAGCUGCCGUUGUCGAUCGUCCGACCGUCGAGCCAGCUCAGCGAGUACCACAUGGACCGCACAUCCGACGAGGAACGGGAGGACGCUGAGAUCGCUUGGGCGGUGGAGAUGAGUCUGGUGGAUGCUCAGCUGGAUGAUACGCCCGGCGAGGUGGCCGUACCGCUGUCACAGCGGAGCGAUGUCCCUGCUCCACCCCCUGCGCCCGUCGUGGAUCCUUCCCCUCAAGCGAGCCCCGGCACCGCGAGAAGCCGUUCUUCUUCUCCUACUCCCCCUCCAUCCACUGGAACGACGUCCGGCUCCAUCAUAGGCCGACACCGCUUCCAACACAAUACUGAACUGCUGGAGCGGCACUUGGCUUCGAUUCUGCAGUAUUGGCAUGGCCAGAGGGAGCCCAUCGGGGUGCAACUGAAGGAUACGGGUCGAUGUGGGUGGUGCGAGUUUGAGGAGGGCUGCGAGUGGAGAUCAAAGAAGGCCGAGGAGGAUUGGCAGAGGCGUCAGAUCAUGAAGGAGAAUUCGCAACGCUGA